UGAUGCUUUAACCUCGCACCUCAGUUUGGACUUGCCAGUGCCUGCGCUGGAGUGGAGAGGAGAGGUUGGCGCAGAAAAAAUAAAUCCUCUUCAAACUCACAUGCACCUAUUUUUAAGCAAACAUUUGCUGUUUUGUUUUGCGUUCGUGCACAUCAGAAGACGCUUUCUGUCUUUUUAAUGUAACAUUAGAACAAUCUCCAGAGGAAGAAAACCAGCCUACAAUUAUUCCUCAUCGCCGGAGCUAGAAUAUGGAAAGCGUAAAUGGUACAACCGUGCGCGCCUGCAACUUUUAGGAUGUGCAGGAUAAUUCCGCAUUAGAGGAUGCGAGAGCGGAUGCGGAGGAAACACAGAUCCUGCCUUACGCAUCACGCAUCAGGGUGAAAAAAACGCCUCCCAACCCGCUAGACUUUACUAGAAAGACAAAAGUAGCCAAGGAACGAAAAUUAAAUUCACUCACUGCUACCUAACGGAAGAACACCGCAGACUGAUCAGUUGGACACAGCGACGCAUGGAAAAAAAUACUUCGGGUGUGAAAAAUUUGGGCAAUAUUUAGGAAGGAUCUUUCGCGCAACGAGGAGACUUAGUGGCAUCCUUUUGGAUUUUUAACACUCUAAAUACAAUCUAAUGCGGGAUAUUCGGACUUUCAAGUCUAUUUGACCUGAAGUAAACCGAUUCCAGUGUGAGGUGAAGAACAUUAUGACGAGUGCUUCUGGAUAUCCUCCGACGGCGAUACAGGAACUUAAUCGCGCAUUUUUAUGAUAAUCUCUCCGCGCGCACAAGGGGGAUCUUUUCCACUUUUGCUGCCCUUCCGUGUCGGCCAGUAAGAUGGAAGUUUCUCAUAGGGCGAGAACAAACAUGUUGCGUCUCCAUACUCUGCAUUUUAUUGUGAUGCUGCUCAGAGUUACAGACUGUCGAAUCCUGGAGAAUCUUCAACGCUACGCUUCCCCUACUUACCUACCCGUUAACUAUCAACUCCUCAACACAGAAUCCUCUUUCUUCCUUAAGGAGGCCACCCAGGACUUCAUGCGCAACUCUAGUUUCCUUUCCAGAACGGAACUGUUCUUCAUCCAGCAGGCAAGGAAGCCUCCUAUCAUCAAUGCCACCUAUGGGACCCUUGCUGUGGAAGAGCCUGUACCUUUGGACCUCCUCCAGAUGCCCGGUUCCUUUGUGGCAUCCACAGAACUCUUCACCUUCAAUUGGAAAGUUCAGACCUUUGUUCUUAACGAAAGGAUUUUCCUAAACAAACCUAAAGUUCAGGUCUUGUUCUACAUUUCUGGAAGAGAUUGGGAUGACUAUAGUGCAGUGGACAAACUCCCCUGCGUACGGAUGUUUGCUUUUCAUGAAACCCAAGAGGUCCACGGGAGCUGCAGGUUGCGAGGUGACAUGGGCGUUUGCGUUGCUGAGCUCGAACCUCUUCCUGGGUGGUUUGCACCUCCUAGCGUCGUUCCUGGUCGACAGAGAAAUCCGGAUUCGUCCGAAGGAACACCUGUAGAGUUGUACUACAGUCUCCGUGCCCCAGAAGCAGGGGGGUGUCUUUCUGAGGAGUUAGGCGUCCGGAGCACAGCUCACUCAGAUCAGGAAGGAAUGUUUGGAUCACCGACUUCUACACCUAUGAGGCACAUCGGGAGUGUACGAUUAUUCCAGAACCCAUCUCCUCCGGAAUUAUCAGAGCAACGUUUGGAUGGGAAUUUUGCAGUGUUAGUACCGUCUGCUCCAGUUCGGCAAAGGGAUACUGUGUCAGCGUAUGUUGCAGCUUUGCCGUAUUCACCUGUGGAAAUGUUCACUCUCAGAGUGAAGUUAAAAGAUGGAGUGGCGUUUCUUGGUGCUCGACCCUGUAACCCCACGCUCUGGAUGGUUAGUCAAGACGUCAGAACAGAAGGACAUAGGAUUGUGACGCUGCAUUGUCGUCGUAAAGAGUCCAGCUACGGACAGAGGUCAGUUACCAUGAACUAACUCAGCUUCAGCGUUGAAUUGCAAUGUGGCUUCAUGGAUGUUUUACCAAAUAUAGGCUACUGCAUGGUCUGUAAAAUAUUUGAGUGUUUUGUAUGUUGUUGUUGGUGUCAGGUUUGUUGACGAGCAUCUUCACUUGGUCUUUGGAAACGAAUUUUGAACUUUGUCAAAGGUCAAUGUUUGAGUCAAAACGAGGAUCUUCAAUGGUUUGUAGGACAUUUCCACAUACUGUAAAUCUCUCAUUUAGUGUAAUGCUGGGACUGACCACAUAGAGUCAAAUGUCAUCUGUGCAGUUGAUACUCAAGUUCAAAUUAUGUUUAUUUGAGCACUUUUCACAGUAGUUAUCAUUUCAAAGCAGCUUUAUAAAUGUGCACAAAAUUACAUUGCAAUCACAAUUAGACAGAGUUAAGGUGUUGUGUAUA